AUGACUACCAUCCCACCUGGCGAUCACAAGGCAUAUAUGCGGCUUGCGCUCGAGCAAGCGCAAAAGUCCCCACCCAAACCGACCAACUACCGUGUGGGAGCCGUCCUGGUAGACUCGGCUACAAACGAGAUCCUUGUGACGGGCUACACCCUCGAGCUGUCAGGCAACACUCACGCAGAGCAGACCUGCUUCGUGAAGCUAGCCGAAAAACACGGAGUCUCUGAAGAGGAUCUCAAAUCGGUGUUACCGGGCGAUUUGGCGCUUUACACUACCGUUGAGCCUUGUUCAAAACGGUUGAGCGGGAAUCUCCCAUGCGUUGAGAGGGUGCUCAGGCUCGCUGGCUCGAUUAGAACCGUUUAUGUUGGGAUCAUGGAGCCAGAGACGUUUGUGGCGGAGAACACUGGGAAGAAGAGUCUCGAGGAUGCUGGGAUAGCUGUUGUCCAUGUGGAAGGGUUUGAGAAGGAGAUCCUCGACGUUGCGACCGCCGGCCACGUCAAGGGCUGA